ACUUGGGUUAUUUAUAGGCGUGGCUGGAAACGCCUUUUUAAGAUGGCGGCCGAUGAGGAAGAACAAGAUUUGUUCAAUUUUCCUCCCAGACCUCAUACAGCCCUCGGGUCUUUGCACUCCUCUAGUAUUAGGAUCACUGAGAGUGAAUUAUUGUUUGGACACAAUCCUGUACCUUUAGCAAGCAGAUCACAGCCUGUAUCAUCACCUGACAACCAGUUUCUCUCUCAACAGAAACUGAGAGAUAUUGCUGGGGUCCAUGACCUCUCUAAAGUGAUGUAUCUCGAACUCUCUGUCAACACGUCCACCACAAGUCUCGGGAACUUUGGCUACUACUUGACGCAGCUAAACCAGUUGAGACUUUAUUCAAGUCGUGUCCCGUCCAUAAGAGACUUGGGUACGUCCCUCAGUCAGCUCAAAGUCCUUUGGAUGGCCAGCUGCCACUUGAAGGAUUUGGAUGGACUUGCAGCUCUUCCUAGUUUACAAGAAUUAUAUGUAGCAAAUAAUAAUAUAAAGGAUAUAAGUUUGAUUUCUCUAUUGACUGAUUUGGAAAUACUUGACAUUGAAAGGAAUUUCCUUAAUGAAGAAGACCAAUUAGGAUACUUAUGUCUUUGUCCCCAACUCUCUAAUCUCACCCUUUCUGGCAACCCGGUCUCUCACACUCUCUCGGCCACGCCCACUGGCUAUAGAGCUGCAGUUCGUAAGUACAUCCCUCACUUGAAGUGUUUAGAUGAAGUCCCGUACGAAGACAUCGAUUUGGAGAGCUCAGCAUCUUCUGCUCUUCUGUCUCCAAGUUUGGUGGAGGGGUGGAGGAAGAUGAGUAAGGGAAAAGGGAUCAGUCCAUUGAAACUACAGAGCAGAGUAUCCCCUUUCUUUCUAGUUCAUGGCGGUGCAAGUGUUAAGGAAGACAGCAGUGACUUGACUCACGGGGUUAAUCAGGUCAUUUGUGGUAAUCCUGUACGAGCAUUGAAGGCCAGACAGCAAUCAAUUAUUCAGCAACAGCACCUUCAUACGCCAGAAGUGGACUCUCCGUUACAUGUAACAAGUUCAAUGGAAAGGCCCACCACCAUUGAGCAUCCUGUGUCUCCGCCCCCUGCCCCUCCCCCUACAUCUCGACCUCACACUGCAUCGGAUUUUAGAUCAAGGCGCUAUGUAAGAAACAGUACAGUUGGUUCUUUGCCUCGUAGCCGGACUAUGGCUCCACAUUCUCUCACUCAAGGAAUGGAAGGAAAAAGAGAAGGAAUAGCGACUUCUAUUACACCUGUACAUGCACCCAGAGUCCUUUUGACACUGAAAAAGACUUAACCUUAUUAUUAUUAUUAUUAUUAUUAUUAUUAUUACCUUAUUAUU